AAUCAACAUGCGGCCUGACCUGGAUGGAUACAUAUUUCCGCCAAUAAUCACCGCCAAAUAUUCUGAAAGACUGGUUGAUGAAGUUUUGCCUAUGGAGGUUAUCACUGUUAGCUUCGAAAUUGAGUUUCAUAAGGACGACGUCGCCACCAAGGAGGUUUUGCUGAAGGUGAUCGCCGUCCUGUGCAUCAUCGCACUGUUCCUCGCCAUGCUGAAGACUUACAGC